GGAAAUGGGUGAUCUGGGCCUCCUCUUGCUCCUGCCCCUGUCCCUGGCAGCCUUCCAUGGGGUCAAAGGCUGUUUAGAGUGUGACCCCAAAUUCAUAGAGGACGUUCAGUCGUUGCUGGCAAAUCUCCUACCCUCAGAAGUCCCUGGCCGAACUCAGCUGCUUGAACGACAGAUUAAGGAGAUGAUCCUUUUAAGCUUCAAGGCCUCCCAUAGUAACAAGAUGCUUCGGGUAUUGGCUGUUCAAAAGGUUGUCAAGUUGAGAAUAUGGCUGAAGAAUGAAUUUUAUAGACUGGGCAAUGAAACAUGGAAAGGUGUUUUUAUCUUACAAGGCAAACUUCUUGAGGUCCGCCAAAACCUGGAAUCCAAACUGAAAGAAUUAUUAAAGAACUUCUCUGAAGUUGUUGUGAUUGAAGGUCCCAUCCUUGAUUGUUGGACCUGUCUUCGCAUGACCACCAGGUGCUUCAAAGGAGAAUACUGUGGAGAUGAAGAUGUGAGAAAGGCUGAGAAUAGAGAGAUUGUGUUAUUUCUGACAUUGUUGGCAACAGCUUCGAUACUGGGAAGUGCUCUGUUACUAUUCCAUUUUUGUGUCUCUCAUCGGAGGAAAAUGAAGGCAAUACGAAGAUCACUCAAGGACUAUCUGAAGGAGAAACUUGAAGAAUUAAUGGUGGUGAUAGAUGAGAAAGAGGAGAAAGAUUUUAGGCCCAGAGAAUAAAAAAAAUAGACAUGG